GAUUGGUUCCUGGCCAUGGGACGCAGCCAAUCGGCGCGCUGGGCGGGCCGGGGUUUGGGUCCGCGGGGUCCCGGCUGGAGACCAGCGGCCAGAGGGGACUGGCUGGCUGGCUGGCUGGCGGGCGGGCAGGGGACGCGCUGCGUGGUGGGCAGCCCGGGCCGAGCGAGCAUGCCGCGGGACCCGACAGCCAGGCGGCCAGCGCUGCCAUCGCCGCCGCUACCGAGGCUGCUGAUGCUGCUGAUACUGCUGUCGCGGACCGCGGCGCUGCGCCCGGACGAGCUCUUCCCUUUCGGGGAGUCGCAGGGCGACCAGAAGGUGCUGGAGGGCGACGACGAAAGCUCAGCCGCCGUGAGGCUGGCCAUCCCGCUGCGCUUCUAUGAUGCCCAGUUCAGCGACCUCUUCGUGGGCACCAAUGGCAUCAUCUCCACCCAGGACUUCCCUAGGGAGACACAAUAUGUGGACGAUGAUUUCCCCACUGACUUUCCAGCCAUCGCCCCCUUCCUGGCUGACAUAGACACGAGCCGCGGCAGGGGCCGGGUCCUGUACCGCGAAGACACCUCCCCAGCUCUGCUGAGUCUGGCGGCCCGCUAUGUUCGCACUGGCUUCCCGCGCUCGGCCGCCAGCUUCACCCCCACCCAUGCCUUCCUGGCCACCUGGGAGCAGGUGGGCGCCUACGAGGAGGUCAGACGCGGGGCUGCGCCCUCCGAAGAGCUGAACACUUUCCAGGCACUUCUGGCAUCGGAUGAAUCUGAUACCUACGCCCUCUUUCUCUAUCCUACCAACGGUCUUCAGUUCUUUGGAACCCGCCCUAAAGAGUCUUACAAUGUCCAGCUCCAGCUGCCGGCUAGAGUGGGCUUCUGCCGAGGGGAGGCGGAUGACUUGAAGAGAGAAGCGCCAUAUUUCAGCUUGACUAACACCGAACAGUCUGUGAAAAAUCUCUACCAACUAAGCAACCUGGGAAUUCCUGGAGUGUGGGCUUUUCAUAUUGGCAGCAGGUCUCCUCUGGAUAAUGUCAGGCCAGCAACAGUUGGAGACCUUUCCACAUCCCGAUCUUCAGCUCCUCUGGAACCCUCCUUCAGCCAUGCUGCAGCUCUGGGAAGCGACUAUACUGAGGACAAUUUGGAUUACUACGAUGAGAAUGAGGAGGAAGUUGAAUACCCACCAAUUGAACCGGUGGAUGGCCACAGCAGAAUUGAUGUGUCCUUCACUUCAAAGACUGAUCCAGGCCCUGUGGAAAGUGGAACCUUAUCUCCAGAUUCAGAUCCGGCCUCCCUUUUGCCACACCCAGCACCUAGUGGCUGGCCAUCCUACCGGGAAAGAGAAUUAGCCUUGCUGGACCCUCAGACCAAGGAGAGGGAAUCUCCAGGGGCCAUAGAGACCAUGGAUUUCAAGGACCAAGUGGAGCCACUGGAUCAGACAGGAACAGGAGCCCUGACUCCUUUAGAGGUAGAUGGAGAUUCACUGGCUCCAGCACAAGAGGACACCGAAAACAGGAGUAUCCAACCCUACCCCAAUAGAGGGGCAGUGCCUUCAGAACCCGAUGGUCCUGCUCCUCCUCUGGAAGGAAAAGUCCUUCCUGAUCACCCAGUGUCUCACGUGCCACCCCAGAGUCGAGGGAGGUAUGUGAUAGGAGCAGAGGACCAUGUGAGUGCCAAUGCUGAAGUCUUCUCAUAUAAUGCUGCCAACAAGGAAACUUGCGAACGCAACCACGGCCAGUGCUCACAGCACGCCUUCUGCACAGACUACACCACCGGCUUUUGCUGCCAUUGCCAGUCUAGGUUUUAUGGAAAUGGGAAGCACUGUUUGCCAGAAGGGGCACCUCACCGGGUCAAUGGGAAAGUGAGUGGCCACCUCCGUGUGGGCCACACCCCCGUGCACUUCACAGACGUGGACCUGCAUGCUUACAUUGUGGGCAACGACGGCAGAGCCUACACAGCCAUUAGUCAUAUCCCACAGCCGGCAGCCCAGGCCCUUCUCCCAGUUAUGCCAAUCGGAGGCCUGUUUGGUUGGCUCUUUGCUUUGGAAAAACCUGGCUCUGAGAAUGGCUUCAGCCUCACAGGCGCUACCUUUAUCCAUGACAUGGAAGUUACUUUCUACCCGGGAGAGGAGAGGGUUCAUGUCACUCAAACUGCUGAGGGACUUGACCCAGAGAACUAUCUGAGCAUUAAGACCAACAUUGAAGGCCAAGUGCCCUUCAUCCCAGCAAACUUCACAGCCCACAUUACUCCAUACAAAGAGCUUUAUCAUUACUCGGACUCAGCCGUGACCUCCACAAGUUCCAGAGAUUAUGCUCUCACUUCCGGUUCUCUCAACCAAACAUUGUCAUACCGCAUCCACCAGAACAUCACUUACCAGGCGUGCAGGCACGCCCCCAGACACCAGACCAUCCCUGCCACCCAGCAGCUGACUGUGGACCGGGUUUUUGCUCUGUACAGUGAGGAUGAAGGUGUGCUUAGGUUUGCUGUGACCAAUCAGAUUGGCCCUGUUGAAGUGGGUUCAGACUUUGCUCCAGUGAAUCCUUGCUAUGAUGGGAGCCAUACCUGUGACACAACAGCACGGUGCCACCCAGGGACAGGUGUGGACUAUACCUGUGAGUGUGCCCCUGGGUUCCAGGGAGAUGGACGGAGUUGUGUUGAUGUAAACGAAUGUGCCUCUGGCUUCCACCGCUGUGGCCCCAACUCAAUGUGUAUCAACCUCCUGGGAAGCUAUAGGUGUGAAUGCCGAAGUGGCUACCAGUUUGCAGACGACCGGCACACUUGCAUCUUGGUUACUCCACCUCCCAACCCCUGUGAGGAUGGCAGUCAUACGUGUGCUCCUGAGGGGCAGGCCUGGUGCAUUCCCCAUGGAGGCAGCUCAUUCAGUUGUGCCUGUCUGCCAGGCUAUGUUGGCACUGGGCAUCAGUGUUCUGAUGUUGAUGAAUGUGUGGAAAACAGAUGUCAUCCAGCAGCUGCCUGCUACAAUACCCCUGGAUCCUUCUCCUGUCAUUGCCAACCUGGAUACCAUGGGGAUGGGUUUCAAUGCACAUCGGCCGUGGUUCCAGGAGGCUCCAUAACAGGACUGAAACCCUGUGAACACCAGCACCGCUAUGCUCAGGCACAGCACGCCUACCCGGGGUCCAGACUCCACAUCCCCCAGUGUGAUGACCAGGGCAACUUCCUGCCACUGCAGUGCCAUGGCAGCACUGGCUUCUGCUGGUGUGUGGACCCUAAUGGCCACGAAGUCCCUGGCACCCAGACUCCACCUGGCUCUACUCCUCCCCACUGCGGACCACCACCAGCGCCCACCCAGAGGCCUCGGACCGUCUGUGAACGCUGGAGAGAAAGUCUGCUGGAACACUAUGGGGGUGCACCCAAGGAUGACCAGUAUGUGCCUCAGUGUGAUGACCUGGGCCAUUUCACUCCCCUGCAGUGCCAUGGGAAGAGUGACUUCUGCUGGUGUGUGGACAAAGAUGGCAGAGAGCUGCAGGGCACUCGCUCACAACCAGGCACCACACCCGCAUGUAUACCCACAGUAGCUCCACCCACGGUCCGGCCCACACCUCGGCCUGAUGUGACCCCUCCUUCCGUGGGCACCUUCCUGCUCUAUGCCCAGGGCCAGCAGAUUGGCCAUUUGCCCCUCAAUGGCAGCAGGCUGCAGAAGGAUGCUGCCAAGACUCUGCUGUCACUGCAUGGCUCCAUAGUUGUGGGGAUUGACUACGACUGUCGGGAGAAGAUGGUGUACUGGACAGAUGUUGCUGGACGAACCAUCAGCCGUGCUAGCUUGGAACCAGGAGCAGAGCCCGAGACUAUCAUCAAUUCAGGUCUGAUAAGCCCCGAAGGACUUGCCGUUGACCACUUCCGUAGAACAAUGUACUGGACAGACAGUGGCCUGGAUAAGAUCGAGAGGGCCAGGCUGGAUGGCUCUGAGCGCAAGGUCCUCUUCCACACCGAUCUGGUGAAUCCUCGAGCCAUCACUGUGGAUCCGAUCCGAGGCAACUUGUACUGGACAGACUGGAAUAGAGAAGCUCCUAAAAUUGAAACAUCUUCUUUAGAUGGAGAAAACAGAAGAAUUCUGAUCAAUAAAGAUAUUGGAUUACCCAACGGAUUAACCUUUGACCCCUUCUCCAAACUGCUCUGCUGGGCAGAUGCAGGGACCAAAAAACUGGAGUGCACUCUACCUGACGGAACUGGACGGCGUGUCAUCCAGAGUCACCUCAACUACCCCUUCAGCAUCGUCAGCUAUGCAGAUCAUUUCUACCACACAGACUGGCGGAGGGAUGGCGUUAUAUCAGUGAAUAAAGACAGUGGGCAGUUUAUUGAUGAGUAUCUCCCAGAGCAACGAUCUCACCUCUAUGGGAUCACUGCAGUCUACCCCUACUGCCCCACAGGAAGAAAAUGAACACGAGAUGUAUAUGAGGACUUCAAGUUUACAAAUCAGAAUCUUGACCUAAGAACAUUUGUUGUAAAGGCGAAGAAAGUGAAAAAGGAAUUGGCCGUUUUAAGCUCUGGAUGUACAAGAUGAGCAGUUUUAGAGCAACAAGACGAAGUGUAUGUUGUGAAAAGUUUAUACCUCAAUCUUUACUACUGUAUUUUUUAAACAAAGAUUAUCACAAAUUUAAAAAAUAGAAUUUUAAUUGUUGCUUAGGAAAGCAACUUUUUGUAAACACUUAUUUAAAAGGCUAAAUUCAUUCAACUAAGAACCAACUAGAGCUUAGGAUACCAAAUCUGAUUUUUGCCGUGGAUCCUACCUGGCCAAGAAACCAAAAGCGCACAAUUGGCUGUGAAAAUAAAAUCCCAGAGACCAUCAGCAGCCAUGGAGACUAUGCAGAACCCACGGGAGGACCCAACUUAUUUAUACUUUCCCAACAACAGUUCUGAGACUUUUUUUAACCUCUGUAUCAAUGUGUUUCUAUUUAUAUUAAAAGGUGCUAGAAUGAUUCAAUCUGUAUUUUCUGGUCCCCCUAAGUGCCUCUAUAGAUGUACCCACCAAAAAUAUUACAUGUAAAAGACCAAAGAUGUAGCAGUUCUCAAUUCUCUACAUAACUCCAAUAAAACAUUUUAAAG